AUGUAUGCGGGCCGCAUUGCUUGGCCGUGGGCGUGGGACCGCGACUUGCGGCCCGGCUAUGACAUCCACUUGUGGACCAUUCCGAUUGAGUUUUCACAUGCCAUGCUGCUGUUUGUCGUGCUCCUCGCUCUGGCGCCGCUUCGCACACAUUUACGGCAGGUGCUCACUGGCGUUCUCGCAGGGUAUUGCUUGGCAUGCGGGCGAUGGGCGGCAUUUGAGUUUCUGGCGGGCUUCUUUUUGGCGGAGGUGCAUGUCCUGCGGGCGGCGACGGCGGUGCCUGGUGACCAUCGGUCUACGACGUUGAGUCAUCUCGCUGUAGGGGCUUUCCACAGCACAGUGCUUGCCGCCUGUCUUUUUGUCGCCGGAUGGCCCAACGAGGACGCCGACAAGACACCAGGAAUCCGGACGCUCCUGUCCAAUACGCCGGCGUGGUUUCUCAGCAAUGGGCGAGACGAGGCGUUGACUGAAAGGGAAGACUGGGGCGAGGCCCUCUUGGAGCAGAAGUUCUGGUUCGGCUUGGCCGCUGUGCUUUUGGUGUGGUCGUGCGGUGAGUUCGCCGCGGCACGGCGGCAGUUUGAGCGCCCCCUGCCGCAAUACUGCGGCCGCAUCAGCUACGCCGUGUAUCUCGUCCACGGACCAGCCCUGGAUUACUGGAAAGACAUGACGGACAGGUCGGUCAAGCCCAUCGGUAUGGAGACGGCCGUACAGCGGAUGACGGCUUGGCUUGUGGGUCUCCUCUUCCUGGGCAGCCUGGUGGUCUGGCUGGCGGACCUGUUCUGGCGGCUGGUGGACGCGCCGAUUGUGGCUCUGGGACGCACUGUCGAGCAGGUGUGUUUGCAAACAGACAGAGGCAACGAGGCGUGGUUGUGUCCAGAGGCAAAGAAGGUUGAAGACGCACACGGGUUAACUGUCAUUGUUGGUUAG